UUAUGUAUUUACAGUAAUAUUUGUUUUCUCUAUAAAUACUAAUAAAAUAAAAAAAUCUAUUAAUUAAUUAAUUAUUACAACAGUUAUAAUCGCCGGCCGACCGGAUAUUAUGAGUAGUAGAAGUACUUCCUAUUUCAGAGAUGUCGGACCUGUUCUACAGGUUGUCCGCAAUUUCUUAAGAGGGCGGUCAUGGAAUGAACAGCUAAGGAAACCGGAAAACCUGUCCAUUAGGCCGUACCCGAAACCCGAACUUCCCGACGGACCAUCGGAUAAGACUCAUCUGAAUCACUAUUACACUCGUAACGGCAGAGGAUUGGUUUUGCCGGCCCAAACAUUGGCCGAUGGUGGCCAACUAAAACAAUUGACCGCUGCUGCGGCAGCGGACUCGACUAAAGUGGCCGCCAAAGCAACCGGUGGUGUACCCAAACCGGGACACACUUACCGCUGGGAUUAACUAACUAACUAACAGUUAAAAUAUAUAUAUAAAUAUAGUAUAUUAUAUAUGAU